AUGGUGUCGCUUUUCGGCAACAAGAACGAGAACGGCCGGACGCUGCGACCGCGCGCGCGACGCGCCACACCGCUCAUGGACGUAGGGCUCGCAGUUAUUGCAGGAGCUGUGACAGGCGUCUACAUCUUCCAAGACACGCUGCAGCGCUGGCGGAUUACCGAAGACGAGGCAGCAAAUGCGGGCAACACGGCUUCGACCGCCCACAAAGCGACAACGCAGGAGCCACCAAGCAAGUAG